AGCUCCCACGCCCGUUACUCGACGAUAAUACUCGGGGAGUCCAAAGUCGAGAACAGGUCAAUGUAUAACAUCACACACCGAGUCACCAGCAACUAAGACGGUCUUUCUGAAAUCAUAUCGAUAUACCGCCGUUCAUUCCUUCAAGACGACGACAAUGGAUUCAACUAUGAUGAGCUCCCAGAUGGGGCCGGCGCCGUUUUUUUACUACACACCGGAUCCCAACCCGGAGAACAGGCAUCACGGCCACUUCAGCCAGCAGCAGCCGGGCUUCCAACAAAUGCAGCAGCAACAGGUGUUUCCCGUUGUGCCCACAUUACCUUCGACGCCGAUGUACUCCAGACCGAACUCGUCCUGUUCGCAACAACCACAACAAAUGCCAGCUAAGCUUUUCAGUUCCAUACCAAGCAACCUGACCCCCGCCGCAUCGCCGCAGAGCACGCAACGACCAAGCAUUCUACUACAGGCCCACCCUGGAAAGCUGAUGCUCGAGACUGAGCUAUGUGACAACGAUGGCUACUACUACCCAGCUACGCCUCCAUUGUCCACGUCGGGCAGUUCGAUGGGAAGCCCAUGCAACACAAGCGAUAUGUUGGCGACACCUUUGAACCCGAUGUUCUCUGGAUUAGACGGAUGCGAGAUGGUCAAGCCCGAGAUCGAGACGGUGCCCGAGAGUUUAGAGAAUCUAGACUGGGCGAACUGCGGUUCACCACCUUUGACGCCUGUUUACCUACAAUCACAACCAGGAAACACCCCUUCUCUUAAUUCCAGCAUUUCAGGUGACUUUCUGUCAACUGAAUCGUGCCCUUCAUUAUCCCCAUCUCCUCCCCCAUAUGCACGAUCCGUCGCGUCAGAACAAGACGUGGACUUCUGCGACCCCCGGAACCUCACUGUUGGCGGUGUGUCAAACUCCACUUUAGCACCCGAGUUUUCUGCCCCUGUCGCGUUGGAGGAGUUCAGGGGUGAAGCUCUCCAAAAACAACCACUCGGAGCUUUCGACUUCAACCCUGAAGUUCAUCACGGUCUGCCAUCAUUCGAGGAUAUCUCCGAUUUGGAAUCCGAGGACGACUUCGUCAACCGUCUUGUGAAUAUCGGUGAUCACUCCAGUGCUGACGUAAAGAGAUCCCGCUCUGCCACCUGUUCCACAACAUUAUCCCUUGGUCACGAUUCCUUCCUUGCUGAAGGUGAUUUUGAUACCGAGGACGGUUCUUCUUGUGCAUCAUCUGGUCAUACCAGCCCGUCUUGUUCAUCGGACCACGACGGACACAAGGAUAAGAAGAUAAAGAGGUCGAAGAAGGAAUCUCGAAAGGCUGUACCCAUCAUGAAUGUCGCUGCGGAUUCCAACUCUAACCAAGGGGACGAUGACCACCAACAUUACCAGGAUGACGCGCCGGAGGACAACAACAAUGUCGGCGGCUCAACCUCGGGAUCAAGUGCGCAAGGAGGUCCAUUGCCAGCCCCACCAAACCGUCGAGGUCGCAAGCAAUCAUUGACUGAGGACCCCAGCAAGACUUUUGUUUGUGAACUGUGCAACCGUCGUUUCCGCAGACAAGAACACCUGAAGCGCCACUACCGCUCUCUCCACACACAAGAUAAGCCCUUCGAAUGCCAUGAGUGCGGUAAGAAGUUCUCCCGAAGUGACAAUCUAUCUCAGCAUGCACGAACCCAUGGUAGUGGUGCCAUUGUUAUGAACAUAAUCGACACCAGUGAAGAGGGACUCGACUUAAUGCCCCCGGGUGAGACAGACUAUGCCAACUUUGGCAAGGUACUCUUCCAGGUUGCGUCUGAGGUUCCCGGAAGCUCGAGCGACAUGUCUUCAGACGAAUCCCCCAGUGAGAGUCAGGGCAAGAAGAAGCGCAAGCGAUCUGACUAAAUCAUUCAAAUUCCUCCGGAAGGAUUAAGACUAGAUUUGCAACGUCGAAGAUCGAACGACUUAGAUCUCCGCGUACGCCCGUUAAUGACAUAAUGACUUUCACACACAAACACGCACACAUACACAAGCAUAUUCGGCCUUUAUACCCUCCAGGUUAUUACUUGGAUUGGGUCAGCAGGUCUAGGUAGAGAGGACUCCAAAAGUUGCAUCAUUGAUU